UCCCCACUACCCUCUCCACCCCCUCCCUUUCCUUCUCUCCUUUCUCUUAGUUCUCUAACAGUAAAGAAAACAUGCUGCUAUCAGUGACUUCCAGGCCUGGGAUUUCGACUUUUGGGUAUAACAAGAACAACAAGAAGCCGUAUGUGUCGCUGUCUCAGCAGAUGGCACCACCCAGUCCCAGGAACGGUGCCCCUCAUAGUAGCAGUGGGAGCAACGGCAGUGAGCAGCUGAGCAAAACCAAUCUGUAUAUCCGAGGACUGCAGCCGGGCACCACUGACCAGGACCUUGUCAAGCUCUGUCAGCCAUAUGGCAAGAUUGUCUCCACCAAGGCCAUCCUGGACAAGACCACGAGCAAAUGCAAAGGCUAUGGUUUUGUGGACUUUGACAGUCCCUCAGCGGCACAGAAGGCUGUUACUGCACUGAAAGCCAGUGGUGUGCAGGCACAAAUGGCAAAGCAACAGGAACAAGACCCUACAAAUUUAUAUAUCUCCAACCUCCCACUGUCGAUGGAUGAGCAGGAACUGGAGGGCAUGCUGAAGCCAUUUGGUCAGGUUAUCUCCACCCGAAUCCUUCGAGACACUAGUGGGACCAGCAGGGGAGUUGGCUUUGCAAGGAUGGAGUCCACAGAGAAGUGUGAAGCCGUCAUCACCCACUUUAAUGGGAAGUAUAUCAAGACGCCCCCUGGAGUGGCAGCACCAUCUGACCCUCUGCUCUGCAAAUUUGCUGAUGGCGGGCCAAAGAAACGCCAGAACCAAGGGAAAUUUGUGCAAAAUGGACGGGCCUGGCCAAGGAAUGGAGACAUGGGUGGUAUGGCCUUGACCUAUGACCCCACCACAGCUCUUCAGAAUGGGUUCUACCCAGCGCCAUACAGCAUUGCCCACAGCAGGAUGCUCGCUCAGUCAGCGCUCCCCCCGUAUCUCCCAUCUCCUGUGUCCUCGUAUCAGAGAGUGACCCAGACAUCUCCUCUGCAAGUUCCUAACCCAGCCUGGAUGCAGCACCAGUCGUACGCCAUGCAGCCUUCAGGCUCAGUUCUUACACCAGGGAUGGACCACCCUCUUUCUCUCCAGCACGCCUCCAUGAUGGGACCUCUUACCCAACAACUGAGUCACCUGUCACUCAGCAGUCUGGGCACGUUCAUGCCAACAGCUGCUGCUAUGCAAGGAGCUUAUAUCCCCCAGUACCCUCCUGUGCCUUCUUCCAAUGUUUCUGUCGAGGAGAGCAGUGGUCAGCAGAGUCAAGUGGCAGUGGAGACACCCACGGACCAUGGGGUCUUUCCUUUCCAGUUCAGCAAGUAACGAGGCCCGAGUCUGAGCAGACACCUGCCUUGGGCUGUUUUCCUAUGGAUGGAGCCUAGGGACCACGUUGCUCUUCAUAAGCACUACAUCCAAGAUCAAAAAACUUACACUGGCUGAGCUGCCUCCCAUCUUCAGAGAGGUUGGGGUAUGUUGGAAUUACUUAGGAAGGCUUGUCAAAGGAUUUCUUAAAAAAAAAAAAAAAAAAAAAAACGCUGGAAAAUUGAUGGAGCCCUGCUUGCCAAAGUUUAGUUAUGGACUAUUUCUGAUGUGUCAUGUGUUUUAAAUAUGCGGACCUAAAUUUUUUUUGUUUUGCAAAGUUCUUAGUUCAUAGGGUCUCUGUGUAGCCCUGGCAGACCGGCCUUGAACUCAUGGGGAUCCUACCCACUCUGUCUCCUGAGUGCACCACUAUGCCUGGUUGCUGUUUUUUCCUUUUUUAACUUCUUGUCCAGAUUGUUCUUUUUCUCUUUUCCGUUCAGCUUUUUGCCUUUUUACGGUUUUUAAUUCUAUGAAUUUGCCUUAAAUUUCAUGUGGGACUGGGAAAAGGGAGAGAAGCGCAGACAGUGGAGGUGGCUUUCCCUCUGCUCUGAGAAGAGACCGGAGUUUUGACUUUGGGAAGUAGACACGUGACAGCCUUUGGAAGUUACCCUUCAACCAAACUUGGUGGCAAGUUCAAAAAGGAUGAUGACUACAACAGACAUGGAGCCCAGCUUCAGCUUCAGGAAUGCCUGUUCUGCCUCCUGGAGGGUCUUCAUUCUAUCCCAGGUCUCACAGCCCCAUCCCUGCAGCUUGUGGUCUUGUUCAGUCUUCCCCCAUGUGCAAGUUCUGCCCCUAUGAGGUUGUUGCCAUGCUUGGGGAGCGGCCAUGUGUGCCUGGCACCUAGCUGUAGAUCAAGGAUGGUCUCCACCUCACCUCCUCCACCCCCCACUCCCUGCUUUCUGGAGUAGGCUAAAUCCUCAGCCCAGCCCUGGACAGAGCCUCGUAAUGUUCAUCAGGAGUGCCACAGCUGCACAUGGGUGUACUCAACAGACUUUAAAGCCAAAUGCAGUUUGAAGGGCUGAAGUAGUGACUGGGGACAGGAAAGAAGGAUGCAUGCUGUAGAGGGAUGGUCCGCAGGACACAGCUCCACAGCAAGCAACCCACCACACUAUCCAAGGCUCUCAACACCAUGCCCAGUGCUUCCCGAAUCCUGCCGGCAUGGAGUUCCUCUGUGAACCAAGCACUCCACCCUUUCAAAGUGCCUGUAUGCAUUAGAGUCCUGAAGUUGACAGGCUCCAGCAGAGCCUCUCCUCGGCAGCGAAAACCUCUGGAUGCCUCUUCUGCUCCUGCUCCGUGCUGACCCUUGCUGGAGGUGGUCUCCAUGUGGCAGUGACGAGAAAGCUUGAUGCCCUCAUCGCCCUUGUGACCGUGGCUCUCGGACUGGCAUCUGCUCAUUUGACUCCUGUUCUCCUUACUCAACUACCUCAGUCUCACAGUUCAGCUCAGGCACAGCACCUGCUUCUAACCCUUCACCGCCCUCGUCUUUGAAACAAAUGCAAACUUUUCAGCUCAAGAGCUGAAAUUGCCUUCUGCAUUGCCUUCCCUCCCCUGUGAGCGCUCCAGAUCUGUCCCUGUGUGACGAGCCAGGGCCUAGGCUGUGCAGUGACCACCUUGGGCAAUUACUAGUUACCCCAGGAACACCCACUCUGGAGCAGACUCAAGGCCUUGGAGAAUAGAAGAAUAGACUGGAGACUGCCACAGAGCUGAGAGGACCAGAAUGGACGUCUCUGCUCCAGCCCCUCUCUGGGGCAGGCGACAACUCUACUGGAUGCACUUAUCGCCCUGGAGAGGAAGUUUAAUUUAUACUCAAAACACAUUCUGUACAUUUUCCCUUUAGCCAGAGACCUGCAGUUCACACCCUCCCGUCUGCAGUGCUACCUCUUGCCUGCUCUCCUCGGCUCACUUCUGACACCCCUCCCCUGUAAUUUGGAAGAGCUUUACUUUUGCUAACUUCAAUCUUUUUCUUUUUUUAAAAAAAAUAAAACACAAAAGUCGG